AUGUUGCCGCCUGCAGUCUGGAGUUGCUUUCAUAACACUCAAAAAAAGCUAAAUAUGUCCGCUGUGGAACAGGAUCCCGUAGAAUUAAUGCUUAAGAAAACGGGCUGCAUUGAGCUACACUACAAGGUACAGGAGUGCAUCGCAGAAACGGGAGACUGGCGCAUGUGCCAGGACAAAGUCAAAGAGUUUAAGGCGUGCAUGCAAAACUACGUGGACCAGCAGAGCAAAAAGUACGCCAAUGUUAAAUAA